GGGUUUAUUUAGGGCUUUUCUUCUUCCCUCGAAUUCAUCUCUCAAAAAUCAAAUAAAAACCCUUUUAUUUAUUGAUAAUCUAACAAACAAUGCAUCCUUGAUUGGUUUUUGGUUUUUCUUGUCAAACCAUGACUGCUGAUGUUUCAGUAAAGAAGGAAGUCACAGUGAGUAAUCCAUGCUGCAAUGUGUGGAAGGAGAAGUGUAGGAAGUUGGAAGAGGGAAGGAAGAGUUUGAGGCAAGCAGUUAAGCUUUUAACAGAACAAGCCGAUAAACUUCAGGCUAAGAAUGUUAGUCUCAAGAAAGCAUGUGAGGAAGAGAGAGUGAAGGUGGAGGCUAAGAAAGGGGAGAAAGAGAAAGAAGCAGCUUUGAGAGUUAUGUUGGACAAUGAGAUUUUUGGUCUUAAGUCUGAAAUAUCCAACUUACAGCAGAAGGGAAGUGCAAAUUCAGAAGAUGAAAAUGGAGAGGUUAAGCUGCUUCAAGAUCAGGUUUUUGAAGGAGAGAAGGAAAUCAGCAGGCUCAAGGAGCUUCUUGAGGGAGAGAAAAUAAGAGCAGAUUCUGAAAAGAAGAAUGCUGAGGUGGAGAAGAAGAGUGCUGCUGAUGCAUGGAAACAUGUGAAAGCUGAGGAAGAGGGGAAAGAGAAAGAAGAGGCUUUGAGAUUUUCGCUGGAAAAUGAGAUUUCUGCCCUUAAGUCUGAAAUAUCCACCUUACAGUGGAAGGGAAGUGCAGUUGCAGAAGAAAAAAAUUGGGAUGCUAAGCUUCCCCAAGAUCAAGUUUCUAAAUGGGAGAAGGAAAUCAGUAGGCUCAAGGAGCUUCUUGAGAUUGCGAAAACAAGGGUGGAUUCUGAAAAGAAGAAUGCUGAGGUGGAGAAGAAAAGUGCCUCUGAAGCAUGGAAACAUGUGAAAGCUGAAAAAGCUAAGGCUGAUGAAGAGAGGAAGCAUGCUAGUAAUGAGGGGCUGAAGGUUGAGGAAUAUCGGCUUCAGUUGAAGGCGUUGAAGAAAGAAGCUGAAUUAGCAAAAUCAAAGUUGGCUUCUGAAACUUUGAAGUAUGAAGAGGCAAACAAUAAGUUCGAAACAGAAAAACUGAAGGUGACCAAAGAGAAAAAGCGUGCUGAUUCAGAGAUGGCGAAAGCAGAGGUGCAGAAAAAGCUUGCAGAAGCAAACAGGAAGAAGCUUGCUGAAGAAAAAUCUCACACUGAAAAUCUUUCCAAACAGUUCGAAGAUGUGAGACAAAGAAUUGAGGAACUACGGAAGGCUGAGGAAUAUCAGCUGCAGUUAGAGUCUUUAAAAAAAGAAGCUGCUGAAUCAAAAUCAAAGUUGGCUUCCGAGACUCUGAAGCUUGAAGAUGCGAACAAAAAGUUAGAAGCAGAAAAAGCUAAGGUGAUGGAAGAGCGAAAACAUGCUGAUUCAGAGAUGGCUAAAGCAAAGGAGCAGAAGAAACUUGCUGAAACAAAUGGAAUGAAGGUCGUAGAGGAAAAGUCUCAUGCUGAUAAUCUUUCUCGGCAGUUGGAAGAUGCUGGAAUAAAGAUUGAGGAGCUGGAGAAGGGGAUAAAUAGAUUCAUGCUCACCAAAAAUAUGGGUGGGGCUUUUGAUGAUCAACAUGAAAUUUUGAAUGGUGAAGCUGCCACAAUUAGGUUUAGGGAUUUAUUGGAAAAUUUGAAGAACAAUUCAGAUCAAUCAAAGCUGGUUUUGGAGUUCUUAAAUUCCGAGAAGGCUAACAAAAGGUUAGAUAUUGAGAAGGCAAAAGCUAUUACUGAGAAAAAACGUGCAGAUUUGGAGAUGCUGAAAGCAGAAAAGCUUAAAAAGCUUGCAGAAAUGAAUAGGAAGGUGGCUGCAGAAGAAAAAUCUCGUGCUGAUCCGUUGUCUCAACAGCUAGAAGAAUAUAAAAUAAAAAUUGAAGGAUGGCAGAAGCAGAUACAGGAACUCCUGUCCUCCAAAAAAAUGGUCAUGGCUUCUUCAGGUUUACCUGACAAAGUUCUGAAUGUGGAGAAGACAAAACUGAAGCUCUUAGAAAAACAAGUGAAGCUUGAAAAGAUGCGAUUAAGGCAUGCCAAAGAAGGGGCUAAGAUGGAAAUAAACCGGAAUGGUAUUCUACAGCAAGAACUAGCUUGCUUGAAACUUCAUUUUGGUCAAAUGCUGUUUCGCCUGGAUGUACUGGAUAAAUAUUUCUCAUGUAGCAAUGGGGGUACAGAGAAAAUGGAAAAGGUUGGGAACCUCGGAACCAUGCAAAGGUCAAAGUUGAAGAGAAAACUGUGUGCAGAAGAACCAUUUCAGACGCAUCCUAAUAAUGAAAGUGAACUUCUGAAGCCUAGCUGCUUGGCUAUGACCAUCUAUGAACCUCUCACGCAGACACUUAACUGCACAGCUCCAUUGGUUUCACCAUCUGGUGGGAACUAUACUGCAUACAUCUCAGGUAUUGAUUCUAAAUUGGAGUCUCUGCUUGGAGGCUCUAACCGAAAAUUGUUACAGACUUCUGCAAUAAAUUCCAGUUCGGCAUCUUUUUCUGAUGGUCAGUUGGUCGGCUCACAGGAAAGGGGUGCGCUUGUUCCCACAUCAAAGAACUUGGUAGAAGAGAACUUUAAUGCUCAAACAACAAUUUCCAGCAUGUCUGGCGAUGUCACUAAAGUACAGCUUGAUGAAAAUCUUGCUGUGGUAGCGGAAAAUAGUGUUAGAAGUCCUCUUAGCAUUGACAUCAUUGGAAGAGUUAAUGGACACAGUAAGAAGAGGAGGAUCCUUGAUGCAGUUGAAUCUGUUGAACUUUUGUGUUCAGAGGGUAAGAAGCUGCACCUGCAGAUGGAAGAGAAACUCUCUGCCUUGCAUGGUAUGUUUAACAAACAAAUUAAAAAAUCACACGAAGAUGCCAUUGUGGAACCUAAUAUGCCAGGUGGUUCAUAUGCUAAGCAUGAGAGGACUCGUAAAACAAGAAAGGUAUCUCAUGAAGAGAAUGUUAUUAUCCACCGUUUAUCUGGCAUAAAUCAGCUAGGGAGGACCAAAAAAAUUGGGAAAGAAGUCCUCAAAGAUGCAAAUGCCUGCGGAUAUACCUCCAAUCCUGCCAAUCAUAUAAUGGGAGCUUCAAAAGCAUGCUGGGAAUGUUUGAGUGAUUCUUUUGAAAGCAGCCCCAGAGAGAUGGUAAGUUUUGAGGAAGUAGCCAAUGGGGAUUUCUUGAAAUUGCUGGACUUGGAUAACUCUGCAGAUGAGGAAUGUUACAGGAGAGCAAUGGAAAUGCCUAUGUCCCCAACUCUUCCUGAGAUAGGGUCUUCAGGUGCCGAAAUAUCUGCUAAUAAACCCUUACUUGUUGAAAGCUUCCUUGGACGUUUACCAAAUGGAAAGGAAUCUUUAGUGCCUUCUUUUAGCUCAGAUGCCAUUGAUGUAGAAAUUAGUUCUAAUCAACUGAAAGAUAUUCUAGGCAAUAUAAGUGGCACUUGUAACACCAUGGAUUCUGGAAAAGUUUCUGAUGGUUGGACCAGGGAUUCUGGAUCUGAUUUGGACACUGAGAUGCUGAACAUACCUAGUUCUAGAUAUGAGGGCCUGAAGUUUCCAUUUGAAGGUGAACUUGGUUCUAUACAUGACAAUAUUCCUAAAUACUGUGUGAUGUUUUCGGAUAUAAAUGACACUAUAAGCAUGUCUAGAGUAUUUUUUGCGACUCAAACUUGUUUGGCCCGCUGUUCUUCGGACAUUCAAGCAGAUUGUAUGGUUCAAAAGAUCUUGCGUGCUCUUAAAAUGGAAGGGAAAAUUUUACCCAAGGAGAAGGCUUGCACAUUUUUCACUUUACUGCUGCUGAAUUUCUCUGCUAGCAAUUGGGGGAAAUUUCGAAGCUUUUCGGAUCCGGAUUUUCUCCUCGGCUUAGAUUCUUUUGCCAGAGACAUAAAUGCAGUUGUUUCUGAUGUCGAGGCAAGAAACUUGUUUGCAGAAGUAUGUUGUUUGGAUGAGCUGCUUGGCCUCAAUGAAGAAUUCCUCCUAGAUGGGAAAUUGAUGGUAUAUGCAGAUCUAUCUUCUGAACCAUUGAGUGGAUGUGAUUCCAUGAUAGACAUCCUUCUGGAUGGUGUAAAUAUAAAAUUUGCCUCCAAAUCAGCUUCAUCCAAUCUUUUGGUGGCAGGGAGUAUCAUACUAGCAUCAAUAUGUGCAGCAACUGACCACAUUGGAUUUCUUUGUCAGGCUUCAUACAGUCUGUUGCGGAUGCACAGAUGUGAUACUGUUUCUGCACUUACUAUUCUUCACAUUUUUGCUUACCUGGCUGGAGAGAAGUUUUUAUCCCCGAGGAAGCACAGUUUGACAAUGACUGUGUUGAAAUCAGUGAUCAUGUUUCUUGAAGGAGGAGAUUCAUCAGUUGCUUCAGCAGCUUCCAGUCUUACCAUGUGUAAGGGCGGAAUGUUCCAUCCAUGUGCUAAAUGUCCCUUUUCAACUGAUGUUGUCUCCAUAGAUAUUGUUACGUCAAUGCUUUUGGAAAAGCUUCAAAAUUGUGCUGUUUCUGGAAUCAUGCAUCAUCUGAUGGAAUCACCCAGCUUAUCAAACUCCAAUGUACUAUGCUGUAAGGAUAUAGCUAAACAGAGUUUAAGUCAUGAAGUGAUUACUUCUGUCCUUGAUUUGAAUUGUGAUGCAUCCUGUAGUUUAAACAAGUGUGUGAUACCUGCCCAAUCAAAUUCUAUCAUGAAUGGGAUUUUGUGUGACCUGAGUGAUCUUCUAUCGUUGGUCGAGCUGCUUGCUUUCAAUAUGAGCUGGGAGUGGACCUGUGGAAAAAUUAUAACUGAGCUGUUGGAAAUGCUAGAAAGAACAAAGUUAGACAGCUUUGCUGUUGCUGUGGUUACUCUCCUCGGUCAACUUGGAAGGCUUGGAGUUGCUGCUUGUGGCUAUGAAGAUAAAGGAGUAGAGAACUUGAGAUAUAAAUUAUCUGGCUUUCUUUCAUGGGAUGCUACCAUCCAAAUGGCUCUUCCUGUUCAAAUUGCCCUGGCCACUUCUUUGCUAGCGCUACUUUCUCUAGAAUUUGAAAAGGUUAUCCAGAGCAAUUGUAACCUUCCAGCAAUUGCAUGUCAAUCCGUUUCCAUUGAUCAUAUAAGAAGCUGGUUUUAUUCACUGACCAAGGAGCGGCAAGUAUUGUCACGCAGCCUCUUACAAUCUUGUGAUGUCCUAUGAAUUGAGGCAAUUGCAUGGUUGCAAUAAGAACAUAUUACCAUCUGCAACAAUGCCCUUUCAGUUCGAAGUAGAAGUUUCUCAGUAGUGAGAGGUUAUCAACUUGUCAUACGGGUUAAAGUGAAUGGAAAUUUUGACGGGGUUCACAUUUAAUAGGUUUUCCAUUCUGAGAUGGAGUUCUCCAUACAAAAAGUCUUUUCUUUCCUUUCUUUUGAGUUCUGAGCAGGUAGAAAAAAAACAACACAAAUUUUGAGACGUAGCUUGUAUGAAGGCCUUUCUGUAUGAGUUCUCUCACUUGCUAUUAAAUUUGUAAAUUUUUUGAAGCA